UGCAACGCGGUGGAGAUGAACCUCUUCUUCCUCAACACAUGGCUAGUGCUUGCGGAUAAUUUUGCCUUUUGAUUUUGUCUUUACAGUAUUUUCGAAGUACUUUUCUUUCUCCAGUACGCUUCCAAAUGAAAGUUAAAGUCCUCUCGAGGAACCCGGAUGAUUAUGUCCGGGAAACCAAACUGGAUAUUCAACGUGUCCCUAGGAACUAUGACCCCUCUCUUCAUCCAUUUGAGGUGAGCAGAGAGUACACCCGAGCUCUCAAUGCCACCAAGCUUGACAGGGUGUUUGCUAAGCCUUUCCUUGCCUCUCUGGAUGGCCACAGAGAUGGUGUGAACUGCAUGGCCAAGCACACUAAAAGCCUCUCCACUCUGCUGUCUGGCUCUUGUGAUGGAGAGGUGAAAGUGUGGAAUCUGACCAAACACGAAUGUGUCCGAACACUCCAAGCACAUGAAGGAUUUGUCCGGGGAAUGGUUGUCCGCUACUGUGGAACUUCCUUCUUUACGGUCGGUGAUGAUAAAACAAUCAAGCAAUGGAAAAUGGAGGCGCCAGGUUAUGGAGAGGAAGAAGAACCACUCAACACUAUCCUGGGAAAGACAGUCUUCACAGGACUGGACCACCACCAGAAGGAGGCUGUGUUUGCAACAUGUGGCCAGCAGGUGGACAUCUGGGAUGAGCAGAGAAGCAGCCCAAUCCGUUCCUUCACAUGGGGUGUAGACAGCUUCAGCUCUGUCCGCUUCAACCCUGUGGAGACUGAACUUCUUGGCAGCUCUGCCUCUGACAGAAGUAUAGUGUUGUAUGACAUGAGAGAGUCGGCGCCACUUAAAAAGGUUAUUAUGACAAUGAGGAGUAACUCAUUAUGCUGGAACCCUAUGGAGGCUUAUUACUUCACAUGUUCAAACGAGGACUACAACCUCUACACAUAUGACAUGAGGUACCUGGACCGACCAAUCACAGUUCACAUGGACCAUGUCUCUGCGGUGCUUGAUGUUGAUUAUUCCCCCACUGGGAAGGAGUUUGUAUCUGCAAGUUUUGACAAAACAAUCCGCAUAUUUCCCAAGGAUGGCGGCCGUAGCAGGGAAGUUUAUCACACCAAGCGUAUGCAGCAUGUCAUCUGCGUAAAGUGGUCGGCAGACAAUAAAUAUAUCCUGAGUGGUUCUGAUGAAAUGAAUAUCCGACUGUGGAAAGCCAAUGCAGCUGAGAAGCUAGGAGUGCUGGCCCCGAGGGAGAGAGAGGCCAGAAACUACAAUCAGAAGCUGAAGGAGAAGUUCCAGCAUCACCCCCAGAUCGGACGCAUUGCUCGUCACCGACAUCUGCCCAAGAGCGUCUACCACCAAAGCAAGGAGCUGAGGAUCAUGAAAGAGGCUCGCCGUAGGAAGGAGAGGAACGUUCGAAAGCACAGCAAACCAGGAACUGUCCCUGUGGUGUCUGAGAAGGAGAAACAUGUUGUGACUGUGGUCAAAUAGAGGCUGAAACAUGAGGUGGAAGAAAGAGGGGCUGCCACCCAGAGAGGAGAGGGAGACUGGGAUUACAUCAUGGGACAGUUUUGACAUUAAGGACACAGACUGUAAUGAAACACAUCAUUUGAAACUCUGUUUUUGUCCUUUUUGGUCUUUAAUGGCACACAUGAAAAAGAAGCAGAAGAAGAGAGACAAAAAUUUUUCUCAAACCUUCUCUUCCUCUUGGCAAAUUGACCCACAAAGUUGGCAGGAUUUUCAGAUUUUUUUCAGUUAGUUUCGACAUUUUUACUUCAGUGUAUCGACACCUUAAGAAGAUCUGGAUCUACAGGGGAUGUUUUUUCCUUCAGUCUGUUUUAGUCAUCCUAGUGGACAUAAGACCAACUAUUUUGAGUUCUACUUUGAUGUUCUGAAAUUAACACAUUUCACACAGAAAAUGCAUAUGUACAUGGGAAUGAAACACUUUAAAAUGUGUAUUUGUAAUAAACUUCUUGACUAAC